AUGCCUUGUAAUUGGUUAUUAGUUGGAGACGUCAAUUUAUGUAAAAACCCAGCAAAGGGGCAAUAUUGCGCUUCCCAUGCAUUUAAAAUUCGAAAGGAACAGACCGCAAAAGAAAAUGCCGAGAAUGCAAAGUUGAGAGAUGGUGAGCUCAAUGCCAGAAUCGUAGAACUAGAACAGUCGGCAAAAGAAAGUGAAAAUCGAUUUGCGAAAUUGGAACAGAAGCAAUCGCAAUCUGACAACUCUAUCGCUAAAUCGGGUGAUAGUACCAAGGUAAUUGAUCAAUCUUCAGUUAAUAGCACCUCCAACAUAAUGGAAAAUUCUAACAAUACCGAACAGAUAGUGCCAUAA